GUCGUUGUGUUUAAGCUUAACCGCUUUUUGGCAAGAUUCCCUCGGGCGCGCGCGUUAUGUAAAAUGAACGUCGCACUGCUUUCAGUACAAAAAAGUUAAAAAUAGACUUUCAGAGUGAGUUGCGUGUUCCGACAUUUUUUGUUUUUAUGUGACAUACAAACGCUUUAUUCUCUCUAUAAAUAUUUUAGUAAUCAAAGUGAAACGCCUAUAGUAAACAUUGGAUUGAUAUGUGUAUGGUGAUGUGAUUUGUGAAGUGCGAAUACGGUACAUCAAAGACUUAAAAAAAAGCAGAUUUGGACAUAUUUUGAAGUGCUGUGGUAAAUAGUUGUUUAUAAAAAUGGCUCACGUGGAGCCAAUGGACUUGGACUGCAUAGAAAGUGAUUUCGAUGAUAAGGAGAACUCAUACCAACAUAACAAUGCCCUGCCGAGAGUGUCGUGUGCUGAAAAAGGGUUUGAAGAAUUGGAUGUGUCUGAAUUCAACAUGAAACUAAGGUACCAAGUGACCCCAGCUUCAUCACCUAUGUCUAAAAGUUAUACGGCUAAUUGUUUAGAUAACAGGAAUAUUAGUUCUGUUGAAGAUGUGUUGACAAAUAAUCAAAAUCUAACUAGGUCAUUAAAUGCAACAAUAACAAACUCAGACAGCAUAUUGAAGUCACCAAAGUCUCUGCCAUUACAGUCAAUAUCUACCGAUCAAUUUACUGAUUUGAAUAGAAACUCUUCGGUUAGGCGGUCAUUGGACACUGCUCAAAAUAAUGUGACAGUAACAAUAACAACACCUCAAGAUUUAGAUGAUAGUUUGUCAUUACCCAGUACAUCAUCAUCUUUAACACAUACUCCAGAAGCAACUACGCCCACUAAGGAAAUACCCAAGCAUGAUGGUGGUUCUCCUAUACUCCGUGGAUUGAAAAGUGUAUUUAGCAUGUUUAGAUCGUCUCAAAGUCCUAUACCGCCAAAUGAUGAGACAAAUGUUGAAAGAAAAGAUGAAACUUUCUCUGAAGUACCAGUUAAAGAUACUAAACCACAAACUGUAUUAGCUUCCACUCCGAUACGGAGUAAAAACAGUCCAAUAAAAAGUGGCAGUCCUCUUAAAGACAGUGUGACAUUCAAAGAUGAUUUGGAGCGGGAACUGCAAUGGAGAGAUGACUCGACCAUAAUAUUCAAGGAAGAAAAAAUUCCCAUACACAAACUGUUUUUACCAACAUUACCAAUUGAAACCAAGGCUGUGCAAGAAUUGAAAAAAGAUAAUGUUAACACCACUGUUGAGUAUAUGGAUAUAUCUAUGAAUGAGUCGGCUAUUAAUGAAUCUGUUAAAAAUAUAAAGUACGAAGUAAAUAAUACCAUUGAGUCUGAUAGUGAGUUCCAGGACUGUGAAACUACAUUUACAAAGAAUGAAGAUGAUCUUGAAGAAAAAGCAGAUGUUAAUGCUAAUGUUGGUUGCAUUCAGGAUGAUAUAAAUAUGUCUAUUGUUGAAAAUGAAUACAAUGAAAUAAAACCAGAAGAACCUCCAAUUGAGUCAAUUGGUAAUAAGACUAUUGAUGUACCAAUUGAAUGUACUAUAUCAGGAGCUCAAACAGUUGCUGAAGACGACAAACUGAAUUUGACCAAUAAUCUAGAAACUAAUACGAAAUUGGAAGAUGUAGUACCAGGUGUUUUUGAAAAUGUUGAUAACAAAAAUAAAGCUGAAGAAGAAAUUUUAUUAGAGACACCUUCAAUUAGUAACACUACCUUGAAUAGAGAUAAUCUUCAAUGUGAACAAAAUUUGUCUGCUAUUAUAAAUGAACUUAAUGAAAUCAGCAGUGAUGCAAAGUGUGUGGAAGAUAAUCUUGUUGAAAAUGUUAACAAUAAGCAUGAAAGUAAUGGUAUUUGCAAUCAAAGUAAUAUAAACAUGUCCAUUGUAGAAAAUGAUUUCCAUGAAGUUAACCAAUCUAAAAACUUAUUGCAAACUCAGGUUGAAAAUAAUGCUAAUGCUAAUGAAACUACUAAUUUGGAAAACCCGAUUGUAGAAAAUAUCAUAAAGGAGGACAUCAUUCCAGAGGGAUUAAAACUUGACGAAACUGUCAACAUUGAAGCCAGCUCUAAAUUAUUGAAUUCAACAUCACCAGACAUUAAUGAAAGUUCACAAACUAAAAACCAGUCAGAUACUCAAAUAGGUGAAGAAGGUGUUACACAUAAAGAAAUUGUUGAUGAAACAACUGAAAAAACAAUCACUAGUGAAUUGGAUGAAACUGAUUAUAAAUUAGAACAAUCUUUACAUGCAGAUAAAAUUUCUACUUCAAAUGAAGUUACAAAUGACAUAAAAACCGAUUCAAGAAUGGAGUUAAAUUCUAUGCAAACUAUGGAUGAUUCUGUUGAUCAGCUUCACAAACUUACAGAAACAAGUGAAAUUCCCAAACAUGAAGACAUUGAGCAAAAUACAAAUCAGAAUAUUGAUGAAGCUCUAAUUCUUACUAAUAAAUCAGAAUGUCUACCCACAUUGAGUAAUGAAGAAAAGGUAGAUAUAACACCAAGUUUAUCUAAUUUAUUGGUUGAGAACUCUAUCCAUACACCUGAUAUUCAAACUCAUGUGGAAAAUAUUACUGAAAUAGUAGUAAAAGGUAAUACCUUAUCGAAUAAUAUUCAAAGUGAAGCUAUUAUUGAUCCAGCCAAAACUAUGUGUUCUAAUACAGAAAUAAGUAGUAAUAAUGUUAUAAAUGAGUUUGAAGAAGAAAAUCAAUUAGUAAAAAAUGAUUCUUUAGUAAUACCAGUAGACAGAGAAAAUGUAAACGACAAGACAGUGGAAAUUAAUUCAGAAAACUUAACUAUUGAAACCAAAUGUACAGAUGUUAAUUGUGUUAACACAAGUAAUGCGGAAAAUACUACACUGUCCCACAUAGAUGCACAUGUAGUUGAUUCAAAACCAUCAGACAUUCCCCUGCCUUUUGAUGAUGAAAAUAUGCCUAGUUUGAACAAUGAAAUUGAAAUUACAAAUAAAGCAAAUACAAAUGAUGAAGAAGCAGAAAUGCAAGUUUCUGAUUUGCCAGGAAAUACAACUAUAAUACAAGAGUCACUAAAUAUCGAAGGAGAUAGUAAUGUUGAAUCUACCAUAUCACAGAACAAUAUUGACAAUUUUAAAACUCUGCAUGCUUUAGAAACACCUAUUGAACCAGAAAUUUUACCUGAAGUGGUGGAUAGUAAUGAAAUAGAAGUAAAAAUUGAAAACAUAGAGACAGCCAGUUCUUCUGAUGCUAAUCCUGAAAUUUGUAAUGCAACACUUAAAGUGGAUAGAGAAGAUGACCCUAAUAAAAUAAAAGUAACAGAAACAGGGCACAAUGAUUUAGCUAUUAAAAAUGUAGUUCUACCUCAAAAUGAUUGUAUCUCUAAAAUAACUUCACAAGAGAAUGCACAAAAUAUCACUAGCAACGCCGAUGUUAGCACAACUAAUGAAGCUAACCAAGAACCAAUUAUUAACAAUGCUUUUAUUUCAUUGGGUCAAGAAAAUAAAGAAGAGUUAAUUGAACCACCUGCAAACGAUCCUCAUGAUUUAGAAACUGACAUGGAAGUUGAUAAUAUAAAUGAAUGCAAAGAAAUAAAUCCAUUUGAAACCAAAUGUAAAAUUGUAUCUACUCCUCCUGGUUCUCCAGUAAUAAGUUCAAAAGGUUACAACUUUAAUUUUGAUGAGAUGGAUGAUCCAUUUGCAACUAAAACAAAAAUUAGACAGUCUCCACCACCUGAAAUUAUGAUGAAUGAAACAUUUAAACCCAUUGAUAACGAUAAUCAUAUAGUUAAAACUACAGCGAAGAAAACAAAUCAAAAUAGAAGAAAAUCACAACCUAUGCCAAGAAAUCGAGCUCCUAAAAAGGCCUUUAAUUCUACAUUUGCAGGUACGGUUACAACAAAGAAAGAUGAUAUUGAAGAAGAGAAAUUUGGUUUUAACAAUGAUUUGCCGAGGGAAGAUAAGCCAAGUGACUGUAGCAAUAUAAUGGGUAAAGUUAAUGUUAUAGAAACUACACCCGACGCACAUAUACUACAAGUUAAUAAAAUAAAUAAUGUCAUAAGCACAAAAGAAGCCAACAACUUAAAAAAUGAUGUUGAAAAUGAACAUUCUAACAAUAGCACACAAAUAUCUGAUGAGAGGAAAAAUAAAAAUGUAUUUAAUUUACCUGAAAUAGAUGAUAAAAACUUUAAUCCAUUUGCCACAAGAUCAAAGAUUUGUGUCUCUCCUACUCCCGAAAGUAGUAGUUUUGUGCAUGAUAAAACCGCAACCUUUGAUAUUCACAAUAGCACAGAGAUCAAAAUAUCUACUGGUGAUGAGGAUGCCAACUUAGCUGCCAAUAUAAAUUCGUCCGAUAUAAGUAAUAUUACAACUUCAUCAAAACAUACAAACGAAAAAGAUGCUACUGUUAAAGAAAUUCACACAGAAGAUGAAGACACCAUUGAAGGACCUUUCCUUGAAGCAGAAGACCUUGCUGACUUUGAGAAGGAUACAGAUAUACUUCCUGAUAGUGAAAGAGAUGACAUGAUUGGCUUCGACGAUUUUCCUCCUCAAACAAAUGAAGACAAUGGGGAUAAUGCAGAGAUAUUCAUUGAUGCACAGGCAUUUGAGUUUCUAUUAAACCAAAAUACUAGUAAUGUUGUUGCAGACAGUGGAAAGGAAAGCUUGUUCCUUAAGUUCGAUCCUUUGUUUGCAAAGAGAGUAUCCUCAGAUGGCAUACUCGCAGCUUUAAAUAAGGCACCAAAACGAGUUAGUACACCGAAGAAAAAGACUCAACACAUAGAUAACAAUUUACAGACAAAUGAUUCAAGUGCUGGCACAUCCAGCAAAGUUCCACCGGCUCCUGAUACUGCUGAUGAUAUAAAUAUGAAUGUAUCUAAACCUACAAUGGUUGUGAAUCCUGCAGUAAAUUCAAUAAUUUCACCAAGGAAAGCUGCUACACCACCUAAAAUAAAUAGACAAUCUUUAUCAUUCACAUCUCCAGCUAUGGCCGUUAUUGACCGUCUUCUCUCUCUUAGUGGGAAUGGGAAUUCUUCCUCACUUAACCACGAUACAUCAAUGCCGCAAGUCAGCGCCGAACAACAUCACACUGAUUCGGCUCUUAUUCAACUAAGAGAGAUGUUGGCUGAAAAAGAAAUACACGUACAAACUUUACGGGCUGAAAGUAAGGAACUAAAAGAAAGAUUGUCAGUCAUGGAGUCACAAGUGAGGUCUUUAGAAACCGAGAGUCAAGAUAGAUUAAGAAAGAUAACAGAUUUAAACGAAAAAUUAGCAGAUAAGAUUAAAGUUAAUAAAACUAUGUCGACCGUUGUGGAAGAGUAUGAGAGAACUAUAGCAAGUUUGGUCGCUGAAUUGGAACAAGAUAAAAGACGAAAUGCCGAAGAACGAAUGAAACUGAUAAGAGAUCGCGACGAACAAACCGCGCAUCUAGCGAGCAUGGAAGUAUCGUUUAGCGACUUACACAGCAAGUACGAAAAGAGUAAACAGAUAAUAUUUAGCCUCAAAGCUAAUGAAGACACUUGUAAAAAAUCCAUUAAGGAAUUUGAAGAGAAUUUAGUCAAAAUGCAGAACAAUUAUGAGCUACUUAAACAACACGCUACAUCGAAAUUGAAUCACGCUAAUACAGAAUUAGAAAAAAUGAACAAGGCGCACGAAGCCGAGGUAUUGAAAUUGAAUGCAAUGAUAAAGAGGAAAGAUUUGCACAUCACGUCGCUGGAGGAAACCCUCGCGCAAAAAACUAAGGCGAACGAAGAGUUGACCGCCAUUUGCGAUGAGCUCAUAAAUAAAGUCGGCUGAACUAUAAUUAGGCGAAGUCUAGAUAGCUACGCAAUAAAAUCUACGUGAUCCAGACGUGUAACGCGGCAACUUGUGUACUUAUCACAAUGAUAAGUUGCAUUAAGUUCGAUGCUCCCGAAUGUGCCAAAUUCGCUGCAUACUCGAAUAAAGACUGUUUUUGUGAUACUUGGACUAAAAAAUAUGUAAUUGUAGUUGUUAUCUGUCUAGUUGUAUCGGGAAUAUUUUCACUUAGAAUUUUUUAUAUCAAGACUAGAGAGUUAUGCUGGUCAUAAUGCGCCUACGUCGAAAAUUAUUAAAGUUUGCCCUUGAUAGUAAAAAAGUGACAUUAACAAUAUUUUUAAUUUAUUAAAACAUAAAUAAUGUAAUGAUAAAAAUAUUUUUGGACAGUUUUUGUAAUGAUAAAUAUUUUUGUAGAUAUGUAUAGUUUAAACGUGUUGAUAAUAGGGUCUCAUAAUUAGCACAGUACCUUUUUGAUACUAUUUGUGAACUAUUCAAAUGUUGCCAUUAUAAAUGUUGAUAAAAGAGAAAAUAUUAUUUUUGAUUCUUCUUCUAUUAGUAUGAUAACAAUUUAAAUAUGUAUAAUUAAUUACUAUUAAUUAUUAAUAAUUGUAUUACAAAAUGUUUCUUCUUUAUAGCUGUGGAUGUGUAAACAAUAAUAAUUUUGCAGAUAUCUUGAAAUUAUCAAAUCAAAAACGUGUAACUAUAACAUUAAACUUCUUUUAUUUUCACAUUAUUUGUAAAAGAAAAUUCAAAAUAAAUUUACAUAAAGAUAAUAUUAUGUAAGUACAAUUUCUCUUAAAGAUAAUUUUGUCAGGAAUGAAUAUAUAUAGAAUAAGGCCGUAGAAUAAUGUGAAGACGAAAAAAUGACCAUAUUUUUGCAUGUUCAUGUUAUUUUAGUUAAAUACAGAAUGUCGGAGUGAACUAUUUUUGUAUUAUAUUAUGAUUUAAUUAGACAUAUAUUUAGCUAUUAAAGUCAUUGACCUUUUAA